UACAACCCAUGUGCUUGCAGGUGCCCUGUCAACAACCACACUACCAGAAGGAUAAGACGCUAAGAACAGAAAACAAUAAAAAUCAAAAGAGAAAUACUCAGCAAAAUGGAGCCUACCACAGGAGAAAUAGAUGUGUACACCAAAAGACUGAGACAGCCCAAUGACCAGUAUACAGUCCUCACGGACACACAAAUACAGAACAACCGCAAACACCCUAGCAUGCAUUUCCAUUUCUCGCAGCCAAAGGUCGUACCAGAUAAGCGAUGGUGGGUGCCCCGCUACUGCAACCACUUCAGCCAGCACCUGGUCCGGGAAGUAUCCCGCAACCAGCCAUACUGCUGGCUGGAUUACCAGUGGGACCAGAACCCACACCCAGACCAGACUUCAUGCCGCCAGGGGGCGUUUGAGAAGUGGGGACCCAAGAGGAAUGGUGAGAAGACAUAUCGCCAUUUUGACGGAGAGCCCACCAGGAGUUUCCUCAAUAUUGAUGUGUACAGACCACCAGCCAGGUGUGAAUACGGCCCCACGGUGAUGGACUGCGGAAGACCUGGGGUGGGAUACCACCAGCAGAAAUAUGCAUCUCAGAGCACCUGGUUUGGUUCCUCUGUCCCUCUGAAUCGCACAGACAUCCUGCAGACCAUCAAUCGUAAGACCACAGCUGAGUACAAGGCACUCCAGAGGCAGGAGCAGAUAGAUACACAGAGAGUGGACCAAUGGCCAGAGUAUUCUGAAUAUACCGAUAAAUUCAUCAUGAAAACAAAGCCUUCCCCCAGGUUGAAUAAUCUAGAAGAAAGAAAACGAUUUUUGGCUGAGUCCAGACACCAAGAGGAAAUAGAGCGUGCAAAACUCGAAGAAUCAUGGCGACAGUCACAAAUUCUGCCAACUCCAAAGGAAAUGGAAUUUACACCCUAUGAGACAAAUGUAGAACCAGUGAAAGUAGGCAUUUACCCGCAUUUACCUGAAAUAACAAAAACACCAGGAGCACCUUUGACGGACAUAUAUGUAUAAAACAAACUAGGACUUAUAUACCAUUUCCUCUCUUCUGAAUACAAUGGUUAGGAUCUAGAUCUGUUCAUUUGGUCCCAGAAUAAAAAGUGACUAAAGGUGAAGAGACAGCUACGUUUGAGAGAAGGCUAGGGAUGUUGGAACAAGACUUCGUCUAAGAACCAUCAUGAAGUCACAAAAAGGGAUAGAAUUGCUGUGUACAAAAGCAAGGCAUCUUUGGUAAUCCAUAGAUGCCCAGCACAUACAAGCAGGACGAUGGAGGACUGAUGGUGACAUUAUGCCCAAAUAUUCAAUGAACUCAGUGUUCAGCAAGGGCAUAAAGCAGGGAGUACUUAAUUCCAGAGUCUGCAAAACAGGGGUGAAGAAGAUAGGUUUUGAUAAGCACAGUGAAAUGUAACUGAUGGCAGUAUUGCACACAGGAGCUUAGUAUGAGGAAUGCAUGCACCUCAAAGCCAUUAUACUUCCAUGACAAGCUAUU